AUGUCCGGCAUUGAAGUGGCCGGGCUUGCACUUGGUGCGCUUCCGUUAAUCAUCCAAGCAAUCAAGGUGUACGCGGAUGGUGUCUCAACCGUGGAACGGUACUUCAAAUAUGAGAUACCGUUGCGCGACCUUCAUCGGGCGGUUGAGGCAGAGUACGUGAUAUACCAAAACACUUGUGAGGAGCUGCUCAAUUCUGUUGUUGGAGACAAUGAGGAUCGCGCAGCACUGCUCGACCAGCCCGGUGGACCAGGUUGGAAAAGGCCGGAAUUGGAAGCGACACUGAAAGAGCGCUUAUCAAGAUCCUACCCGGCUUAUAUCGGGACUAUGGAUAGUAUGAUGCGUAUCGUUUCAGAAAUCAAGAGACUCCUGAAGCUGGAUAAGGCUGGAAAGCUCCAACUGAAUAACUCCAGCAAGUUCAGAAAGGAGUAUCACCGAUUACGCUUCAGCCUGAAGAAGUCUGAGUAUGACGGUCUUGUUUCUCAGAUGCAACAACUGAAUGCAACGUUACGAACGUUGACACAGCAGGCCUUGGUAUUGGAGUCAACCCGGUCAAGACGCCAACCGCCUGACUUCGAUCUCAUUCGCGCCUACACAGCCCACUACCACAGCAACGGCAGAGCCGGCAAAUUCUUCGAACCUCGUACACAUCCAAAAUCUGUGCCAGGCGAUGACAGUCUGAAAGAUCCGUUCGUCUCGUGCAAUACCAACCACGUGAGCGAUAACAGCCCAGCAGACAACAGUAUUCCGGUCUCGGGGUGGGAAGGCAUGGCCCUCAAUCGUUCGCUCUUCGCUCUUGGUAUCCUCCUCAUCGAGCUCUGCCUGGGUAAGCCAUUCGAAGAGCUGAGAGAUGGGGCAAUGGCGGGCAAAGGCGGUGUGAGGGAGGCUUCAGACUUCGCUGUCGCAAGCCAGCUGCUGGACGAGGUGAUGAAUGAGUUCGGCGAUCGGUGGGCAUACAUUGAGGCCAGCUUAAACGAUAUUUUUACCGAACAAAACGAGAGCGUGGAUGCAAAGACAUACGUUCAACGUAAAAUGGGCCUUUACACGGCCAUUUUCAAUUAUUGCAGCCGGGAGCGCCGUCCGGGCCUUUAUGAAAGAAGGGACAGAGCUGCGGAGCUGCAUGGGAGGCUGGACGAAUACUUGAAGCAACACCUCCAAGGCCUGCGCAAUGCCUCUACCGAGUAUGCUACAGCCUUGAACAGGUAUGAGAAAGCUGCUCAGUACAACUCCCAAGCCUUCAGUCCUGUAAACCGUGAAUAUGCCUUUCUUGAACAGGACCAGGGAAAAAAGGUGCACGACAUCUAUUCAUUGCACAUGAUUAGGUGGAAGGAGUACAUGGGCCCUGAUCCACGCGAGGGGAGCAUGACUGAGGCUGGUACUGUUGGAGAUAUUGUAUGA